AUGUGCUUAUUCAUCCCUUCCAGGACGAUAAAGUUGCACAUGGCGGCGCUUAUGGCUCCCUGGGUUUGCCAGGUUGGUGUAGGAGUCUCUGGAGCCGUUGAUUCCGCGCUUGUGAUGGGUGAGACUACGGUGCCUCCCGUGUACAAUAAGUUUAUCUGCUCUUUCCCGGACUGCAACAAGUCCUUCAACAAGGACUGGAAGCUGCAGGUGCACCUGUGUAAGCACACGGGGCAGAAACCUUUUCGCUGUGAAUAUGAAGGAUGUGAUAAAGGCUUUGCCACAAUGUAUCACUUGAGUCGUCAUACAGUAACACAUACUGGAGAGAAGAACUACAAGUGUGAAUCAGAGGAAUGCGACCUGAAGUUCUCUACAAAAGCUAACAUGAAGAAGCACUUCAAUCGGGUUCAUAUGGAUCACGGUCAGACGUAUGUGUGUGAGUUUGCUGACUGUGGCAAAAAGUUCAAGAAACACAACCAACUGAAGGUCCAUAUGUGCGUGCAUACAAACGAGCUGCCGUUCAAGUGCACUUUUGAAGGAUGUGACAAGAGCUUUUGUGUGCCUUCCAGGCUAAAACGUCAUCAGAAAGUACAUGCAGGUUAUCCAUGCAAAAUAAGCACAUGUGAGUUUGUAGGGAAGACUUGGUCUGACUACCUGAAACAUGAAUCUUCUACCCAUAAAGAACCUUCUGUCUGUGAUGUAUGCAACAGAAAAUUCAAGACUAAAGCCUACCUGAAAGAACACCAGGUGGUCCAUUCUGAAGAGCGAAAAGUGUAUAACUGUCCUAGGGAAGGCUGUGACAGAACAUAUACCACGCUGUUCAAUCUCAAAAGCCAUAUCCUUACGUUUCAUGAGGAGCAGAGGCCUUUUGUCUGUGAACAUGCUGGUUGUGGCAAGACAUUUGCUUUGAAAUUAAGUCUGGAAAGGCAUGGUGUUGUCCAUGAUCCAGCACAGAAAAAGAAGCAAAAGGUGAGAACUCGUCAAAGAAGGAGUCUUGCUUCACGUCUUUCUGGGUACAAGCCUUCAAAGAAUGAUUUGGCUGCGCUUGCGCCUACAGUAUGUGACACUGAAGCUGCACCUGAGAAUAAGCCACAGGAGUCUGAAACAACUCACGCUCUGCUGGACCAAUUAAGCCUUAAAUAAGAUUAAAUUAUGCAAAGCACAUCUUUCAUGUUAUGUCAAAUUACCAAAGUAUAGGUAGUCUAUUUUUGUUUUUUAAGUAUAUUGUUUUGAAAGCAAUUUGAUUUGGCACAGAUGUAUUACUGUGUACUUUAUUUUAUGUAUUAUGUGCUAUGGUAACUGUAAAAGGAAUAUGAUACAGGUUUUGGGGAGUGGCAUCAUUACCUAAAGUAAUGAUUAAAGAUGGAGUCACAGGCAA